AUGAGCCACUCGGAAGGUGUCUGGCCACGAUCGAAGAAACAGGCCUGUACCGAUGCAGGUACCGCAGGUAUUUCCGGACAUAACCUGCCACCAACCACCUUCUUCCUGCGAAGCGAGAGAGAUAUGAAGAAAGCCGAGGCGGAACAGAGUGCCAGUCAUGACCAAGAUAACAACUACGGUGUUGAGAGCUUGAAUGAGACUCUUGAGGCAGCCUUCGCCCCCAAGUCGCCAGACUCAUCCUCUUCUCCUUCAAACAAUCUUUAUGGCAAGAAACGAAAGAUUGGUAAUCCCGUCCACCCCAAAAUCGCUGCAGCCGCCCAACGCAUCAUAUCCUCCGAGGAACGCCCCACAUCGCGAAAGCCCUCAGUGUCCUCCUCUGCUCCUAGACCUUUGACCCCAUCACCAACCCGACGUCAUGUCAGGAGCGAGUCGCUCACAUCUUUGGGUCGUUCUUUCACGCCUUUACGGUUCAGCGACACCAGCACUCCGCGCUCACCUAGUGUAAAGAGUGUACGCCUCUCAGAUGAAGAAGGAAGCAUCAUCGACGAUACCGCCAGCCAGACUCUGCACUCAUCCAGCGAGGAAGACGAUGUCUUCGCUGACGAUACGCUCGUUGAGUCCAGUCAUCCAACCGAAGCCCAGAGCAGUAUACCUCAGCUAGUUAUGCCCAGCAUAUCCAUGCCUGCACGUCGUCCGUUUACGGAAAGAGGCAAACGCAUCCCUCGGCUCAGAAUCAUGGUUGCCGGUCCCUCUGGUGUGGGAAAGACGAGCCUUGUCAAGAGCAUGGUCCAAAUGUGUGAGGACAUUGUUCAUGUCGAUCCCAUCGUCAACGCCGAGUCGUCUUCAGCCUCGACUACAAAUACCGAGGACAUCUAUGAGACCUAUGCUUCGACCAAAUCGUACCCGUCAUGGUGGUCAGAAGUUGAACAGGGCCGUGGAUUAAGACGAAGAAAGAGCAUGGGAGAUUCCAUUCUAGAACGUAACAUCUGCUUUGUCGACACCCCCGGCUGGAAAAUGAGUGGACCCAGCGACCAAGAAAACAUCGAUGAUGCGGUCAAUACUAUCUCGCAAAGCAUCGAAGAUUCAUUACGAAAGAACACAUUGACAGGGGAAUUGAGCGACACAGAUCUUCUGAGUGUUCUAAGUGGUAGUGGAGGUUUCCAAGUCGAUGCCGUACUUUACAUGUUCCACCCGACCGCCCAUCAUAUAGGCCCUACGGAAAUCGAUGUUCUCCGACGUCUUUCCGCGCUUACCAACAUAGUUCCUGUCAUUGGCAGAGCCGAUACUUGCAAUGAUGAAAAUCUCAGGGACACAAAGACAGCUAUUCGGACUAGUCUCGAGGCUGCCGGUGUCCGAACAUUUACUUUCCAAUCACCAGAUGCCCACGAGGCCCCGACGUCGUCUCCCUUUGCAGUGUCUUCUGCUUUAAGCGAAGACAUCGAGAGUAUGGACGCAAGCGUACUAAUGUCUUCAGAAUACAUACAACCCCUGGUUUCGAGCGACCUCUCACGAUUGAUAGACCGCCUUUUUGAUCCUGACAAUGCUCAAUGGCUGCGACACUGUGCUGUAAAGAAGUUCAUCCAAUGGCGAAGAGACUAUCUACAGAAGUCAUUCGAUUCGCACAAGCGUGAGCUUCGCGAGCUUGCUCUUGAGCGGCUUGGAUGUCUGCAAGCAGACGAACCUGACGCUGCGCCAUCUUCCAUCUCUUCUGUGUUGUCCUCAUCAUCGGGCGUCAUGAUACCACACUUGACCACUCCAAGCCAGCGAGAGUCAUCGCCUGCUCCAUUCAGGCUCGUACCUGCCGGACAUCUGGGCACAACUUCGCAGUACGACUUUGGCCGCCGUCUCGAUGCUUACAAGCUGGACAGACCAAGUACACAAUUACCGGAAUGGGCGUACAACCUGAGGAUUGCACUGGACACCGAGGCCCAGGAAAGGAAGCAGCUUACCUUAGGCAUUCCCGAACGACACAACACUAACUCGGCCAUGGUAAAACCUGGUCACCAGAGACUGCCUAAAUCCGGGACCAGCAAUCUGGACGGUCUCGACUGCAAAGAUCCUCUAGGUUUACUUGCACUGGGCCAGAGAUUCAAUGGUAAUGAAUGGACGAUUCUGCAGGUGGUUGGAGGAUGCGGCGCUGUCGCUACGAUCUUGGUAUGGACCAUCAGGAAUUGGGUGACCAUGUCAGAAGCGUUGGGCAUUACCACGCCAAAUGUGCAGGUACCUGGUUAUGCAGUAGUGUCUGCCAGGGAUAACAGCAGGACUGCCCUGGAUUUCUUCAAGGCCUUCCUGACGGGAGGAAAGUGGUAG